CCUCUCACGUGAAAGGGUCAGCCUUGUCUGAAUUUUCAACCUCCAUCUUCAUUUCACUGUCCAUCCAGAGGGUAGUCAUCAUGGACUGUACGAACCAUGUAUCGGGAGAGCUCUACGGUAUUGGUAUCCGACUCGGACUGUACCUCCACUGGGCUGCUCUGUUGAUCCUCCGUGCAUCGGGCCGUGGGUCAUGGAGCACGCUGUCCCGCAUCCGGAUGAGCGUCAAUUUAAUUUCCUGCAUGAUAUUCUCCAAACUUGUUUCUGACAUUGUACAUUCACGAUCUCUUUCUCUGGAUUUCCUGAUCACAUUUUAUCUGAUUGUGGUGCUAUUCUACCCUGACGGGUAUAAUCUCUACAGACAGAGCAACGGGGAGAGACGAUCCGGAUACAGAUAUACUCUUCUGCCUGAUAUACCACUUAUCCUAUAUAAUCUGAUCUGUCUCGCAGUGUCUGUCUUGGGGGCAUGGUUCUGGUUGAAAGGAAUCCACCAUACUGAACCUACCUCCUGUUCUGCUAAAGCUGCCUUCUUUGGCGUUUUCGAUCUGUAUGAUCAUCGCUGGCGAUCAUUUGCAACUGCCUGGGCGAUUCUCUCAGUGGUCUUCUUUUUCAUUCUCCUCAUGAUCCAUACUUUUGAAUACUGGAGUGAAAACGGGAAGAAGGUAGAAAAGUAUGACCUGGCAAGGAGGCGCGGCGUACACUGCGGUUUGCCGUUUCCCUCUAUCCCGGCCAUGUCCAGGGGAUUCCUCAGACCUCGGGUGCCGAGAAUAAUUGCAAGGUUCAAGUGGAAAAAACCAUACGCCAGACGGAUCGUUAUCCUAGCCUUGAGAGUGACUCACUGGCUGUUUAUCAAUUUCAUUCCUCCACUGGCAGCGAUUAUCUCAGCCGAGCGGAUGAUUCAUGCCAACCAGCUGAACGUCGGUGCACUGUCCGAUUCCGCUGGGCAGAUCCUUGUCCUGAUCAUGGGAAUCGCCAAUAUGAUUUCUCUUCUUUGGGAGAUUGCACGGAGACCUAACAAACCGUACGAAGAUCCACUGGCAGCAUACAUGUACCACUGUCACUCCUCUUCACCAUGCGAUAGAGACGAAGCAUCCCAGAUUCUGAGAGAGCUACUACGGUCAUACAUCAACUAUGACCCUAUCGUUCGCUUAGACGCACGUAAACACCCUCUCGAAUCCCUCUUCCGAACGGCAUUAAUGGAGCAAUCAAGAAAGAGCAUCAUCGACGCUGCUGGACAUGGCGAUCUCUCCACCGUCAACGAGAUUCUGGCCUCGCAAAAGACAAGAGAUUAUCAUCAGCACUCACCAGAUGUGAAAAUCCCUCGUUCCGCUCUCAACUUCGCUGCGAGUUAUGGUCAUGUGGAGGUGGUUAAGCGGUUGCUGGAGGACGAGAUGACCGUUCUUGCCUGGCAUCCACUGGACAAUUAUCAUUGUGGGCCUCUUUACUCUGCGGCACAGAAGGGUCAUUCUGUCGUUGUGGAAUUGCUGCUCGAGAAAUUUUGGGGGAAUUUGGAUGGUCGUCGCAAGGAAGUGGAGUGCGCAUUAGGUGCAAUAGAGGAUAAUACUCCUGGUCAUUCUGAGGCAAGAAGGUUGUUGGAGGCGUAUCGUGAUGGUCUUGAUAAAGAGAAACUGGAUAUUGUGUAAUUGAUAUAUGAUUAUUUGUGUUGUAAAUGCUUGUUCGAGAGUAGUCAGAACACCAGUUACAGGUCGAUGGAUUCCUCAGGGCAAAAUAUAUACCUUGAUGCCGUAACUAACAAUAGACAACAUCCACUCUUAUAGUAUAGGGUCUUCUCUGAUUCCGGUUGACCUGUGCACCAGGUGAUCUCUACCAACAGAAUAAAACCGUCUACUACAUAAUUUAUGCACCG